AUGGCCGAUCCCGACAGAACCGACGCUUUCCCCAACCUGCCGCCGCCAAGCCCCGAUAUCCAUGACGGCGUGUUGACGGGCAAUGGAACCAAUGGCAACGGCAAUGUUGCCGAAACACCGUCCAAGAAGGGAGGAAGGGAGAGAAUACUGCGUCGCCUCCAGCGCAUCUCAUCGUCCCCGACCCUAGCGCAGCUGGGUCGCCCCAGGGCUGCAAGCAGCCCCUACCGCAUCGCCGGCAGCUUGUCGUGUGUUAGUCUGGCCUCAUCGGGUGCCUCUCCGUUCGGCCAGCCGAGCACCAGCAGCUCCUACUUCUCGCAAGCCUCGACGGCAGACUCGUCAAGCGCUCCGACGUCGAUACCAGGCAGUCCGGUCCCCAGGUCUCCGGGGUACGAUGGUAUCGAAUCUGUGCUAGCUAUUCGAAAAGUCGAAAUUGCAUCCCCCCCUUCCACCACUAUUUCCCUGCCCGCCGAGGUCAAGAGGAAGACGAAAUCGUUCAACCUGUGGGCUAGCAUGCCCCAUGAAAUCAAGAUAUAUGUGCUCUCCUUUCUUCGGCCCAAGGAGCUUGUGCGGGCAUCGCGAGUCUCCCAGGACUUUUACAAAAUGUGCUUUGAUGGACAGUUGUGGACUUGUUUCGAUGCCUCCGAAUUCUACAAAGAGAUUCCUGCCGAAUCUCUCGCCAAGAUUAUCGUAAAGGCCGGGCCGUUCGUGAAAGAUCUCAACCUAAGGGGCUGUGUUCAGGUGGAGCACUACAAGCGGGCAGAAGUCGUCGUGAAGGCAUGCAGGAAUCUGAUCAACGCCACCCUGGAAGGCUGCCGGAACUUCCAAAGAACGACCCUACACAGCUUGCUCAGGUCCAACGAGAAACUCACUAACCUGAAUCUCACUGGCCUGACAGCAGUCACCAACGCGACUUGCAAGAUUAUUGCCCAGUCUUGCCCACAGCUGGAGAUGUUCAAUGUUUCGUGGUGCAAACAUAUGGACGCCCGAGGCAUCAAGUCCGUGGUCCAGGGUUGUCGCAAGUUAAGAGACGUCAGGGCUGGGGAGAUUAGGGGCUUUGACAACCGCGACGUUGCCGAAGCACUUUUUGUGACCAACAGAUUGGAGCGGCUCGUCCUCGCAGGGUGCGAGGACUUGAGCGAUGCCGCACUGGAGAUGAUGAUGCUGGGGCCGGAUCCCGAAUUCGACAUACUAAGCGGCCAUCCGCUGGUCCCUCCACGAAAGCUCCGCCAUCUCGAUCUAUCUCGAUGUUCGCGACUCACAAGCCACGGCGUGAAGUCACUCGGCUAUGUACUGCCUGACCUUGAGGGUCUGCAGUUGACCGGCGUUACCACCCUUACCGAAGACGCCCUUGAGCCGAUUCUAGCGUCGACUCCGCACCUUGCUCUCCUCGAGCUCGAGGAUCUUGCCGAGCUUACCAACACACUCCUCUCAGAGCACCUUGCAAAGGCUCCUUGCGCGCCUAAGCUGGAGCAUCUCAGCAUCAGCUACUGCGAAAGUCUAGGCGACCCGGGCAUGCUGCCUGUCAUACGCAACUGCACUCGCCUGAAGAGCGUCUUUAUGGACAAUACACGUAUCAGCGACCUUGUGCUAGCCGAAGCUGCCGCCAUGGUUCGCAAGCGCGCAACGCCCGGUCGCCAGCGUAGCGCCCUUCCAAUAAUUGGUCUGAGCCUCGUUGUAUACGACUGUUCAAACGUCACGUGGACCGGCAUCAGGGAGGUCCUCAGUCGGAAUACCGAAAUAGCGAAACCGAAGCCUCCCGCCGACGCCGAAGACCAUGACGAUUCCGGAACUGAAGCCGUUGUGCACCUGGCGACACCGGCGGCCCCGGUGACCCCGGCGCUACCGGCCGAGAUCAUUGGCCUCAAGUGCUUCUACGGGUGGCAGAUGACUGUCGACGAACACACUAAGCGAGUACUUCGUGGUGACAUCCAAGCUGCCAGCCGCCUGGAGCGCAAGUGGGCAGACUACAUGCAGGCAAACGAAGAGGCGGGCCUCGCUGGCGGAGGCGGGAGGAGGAGGAGAAGGAGAGCUCGGGAGGCGCAGCAAGUUCAUGCGGACGAGGAAGAGGGUGGCUUUGGUAUUGCCCCUGGUAGGAGGAGAGCCCGAACUGCAGCUUGCGUGGUGAUGUGA